GCUCAACCCUUCUCGAAAGAAUAUGGCCCAAGCUGUCGCUGUCGCUCUUAAAGCCCUCAACCAACUCGCCUUCGCCGGCGCCGCCGUCGCUGGCGCCGCGUUCGUUGCGGACAAGUGCAUCAUUGAUGUCGAUGGUGGUGAGCGCGCUGUGAUCUUCAACCGCUUCAAGGGUCUUUUGCCCAUCAGCAAGGGCGAGGGCUCGCACUUCAUCAUUCCGUUCGUCGAGGAACCCACAAUCAUCGAUGUCCGCACGAAGGCCCACGAAAUCCCGUGCAGCACGGGUACGAAGGACUUGCAGACGGUCAACAUCCGUCUGCGUGUGAUGUCGCACCCUGAUGUCAACCACCUCCCGACGAUCUACAAGGAGCUCGGCACGGAGUACAACGAGCGUAUCUUGCCCUCGAUCGGCAACGAAGUGCUCAAGGGCGUUGUCGCGCAAUAUAACGCCGACCAGCUCUUGACGUCGCGUGAGAAGGUCUCGGGUCAGAUUUCGGAGGAGCUCGCUGCCCGCGCGGCGCAGUUCAACCUCAAGUUGGACGAUGUGGCCAUUACGCACUUGACGUACGGCAAGGAGUUCACGGAGGCCGUCGAGCAGAAGCAGGUGGCCUUCCAGGAAGCCGAGCGCUCCAAGUUUGUUGUCAUGAAGGCCGAGCAGGAGCGUCAGGCCGCCAUCAUCCGCGCUGAGGGUGAAUCCGAGGCCGCCAAGUUGGUCUCGGAGGCCGUCGCCAAGAGCGGUUCGGGCUUCAUUGAAGUCCAGCGCAUUGAUGCUGCCAAGGAAAUCGCCGAGGCCCUCUCCAAGUCGCGCAACGUGUCGUACCUCCCCAACAGCAACGGCGGUGGCAUCUUGCUCGGCUUGAACACCGAGUAAACGCAGGAGUAGAUGAAAAACCAAGGCUUGUUCAAAGUAGUCGUAAUACACAGUCCCCUUUUGACAGUCUUACUCCAG